AUGAAGGCAUUAAGACUAAUAAGGCAGUAUUCCAAUAAGCCUGAUUUAUUUUUAAAUCCUCAUGCAUGGGAGGGUCUUCCAGCAGAUCAAAUUUUUCAAUUACAUCAAAUAAGAAAAAAUUAUAUGGGAAAAGCAUAUAAUCCAACAAAUGAAGAAAGAACAGCAAUAUUAUCAACUAUAACAUCUCUUGCAAGAUCUAAACCUAAUUUAGAUUAUUCAUUUGAAAUAGAAAAUUUUAAAGAAAGAAUAAUGAAUAAUACACCAAUGAAAGAUAGAGGAAAUCCUCAAAAAUUAAGUAAUCAAUAUGUUAUAAAUUCUGGAAACAUACCACAUAAUGAAAGAAGAUUUGAACAAUUAAAUAGAAUAGCUGCUUAUGAAAUGCCAUUAUUAGUUAAAUAUAGAGAAAAAUAUAUACCACCUGACCCCAAAGAUUCACCAAUAAAAUUAAUUUAUAAUUCAGAUUUUUCAAAUGAAACAUCAAAUAAAUUUAAUAGAAAAGUAACAUUACAAGUAAAACUUCAAGAUUUAAACUUGAAUAAAGAACAAGAACAUAAAUUUAAAAUAUUAUCAGGAAAAAGAUUUCAUCAUGAUUUACAAACAUUUCAAUUAAAAAGUGAAAAAUAUCAAACCGCUUCACAAAAUGUAACAUGGUUAAUAAAUACAUUUAAUAAAUUAUUAAAAGAAUCCAAGGAUUUAUCCAAAGAAUUAUUCGAAGAUAUACCAUUAGAUAAACGUCAUAUGAAAACUUGGACAAAAAAACCAAUACCAAAUUUUCCUGAAAAUUGGAAAAAACCUGAGGAUGCUCCUGUCAAGAGACAUGAUAUUAUAUCGGAUUUAGUUGAAAUUAGUAAAAAUAAAUUAGAUAAUGAUCAAUUACAAAAAAUAAGUCCAUAA